AUGUUGCCCUAUGGCGGCCCACCUAAUCCAUCAGUGCCCCAAGGGCUGGAUGACCCCGAGUUCGAGCUUCGACCCCCCUCAUCGUUACAACGUUCUGCUACCUCCGCAUCAGUUGAUCCACGCACCAGGAAAACAAAGGCAGUUGAUCUUACGGCCCCUCCGUUCACUAAGGAGUAUAUCGACCAGUACCGACAACGUAUUAAGGCUGAUCCGGACCCCGAGGCUCAUUUCUUAUAUGCAAAAUAUCUCAUAGAUGCUGCUAAGAAGAUAGGAGCGGACGCCAAGGACCAGCGGGCUGUAAAGAAGUAUCGUGACUUGCUCCUCCAAGAAUCUCUCAAGACCAUUCGCCGAUUAGCGGAGCAGAAAGAAGCUUACGAUGAGGCACAGUUUUUCCUCGCCAACUGUUUUGGGACAGGUUCUCUGGGUCUUCAAGUGGACCAUGAGCGCGCGUAUCACUUGUACCUACAAGCCGCAAAACAAAAUCACGCAGCAGCUUCAUAUCGCGUUGCUGUCUGUAACGAAAUUGGAGCAGGCACGCGACGGGAUCCCCAGCGGGCUGCUGCGUUCUAUCGGAAAGCAGCAUCGCUGGGUGACACUGCCGCAAUGUACAAGUUGGGCAUGAUUCUUCUACUUGGGUCUUUGGGAGAGCAGAAGAACCCAAGAGAAGCUAUCAACUGGUUGAAACGGGCUGCGGAGCAAGCCGACGAGGAAAAUCCGCAUGCGCUUCAUGAGCUCGCCAUGCUUCACGAAAUGCCCAACUCGCAAUUGGUUAUUCACGAUCCCGCGUAUGCCAAGUCACUAUAUGAACAAGCAGCACGCCUAGGUUAUACGCAGUCCCAGUACAAGCUCGGACAAUGCUACGAGUACGGGACGCUGACAUGCCCUGUUGAUCCUAGGCGAUCAAUAGCGUGGUAUACCAAGGCAGCAGAGAAAGGGGACGCCGAGGCUGAGCUGGCUCUCAGCGGAUGGUAUCUGACAGGGAGUGAGGGCGUGUUAAAACAGAGCGACUCUGAAGCGUAUCUGUGGGCGCGUAAAGCUGCCAACAAGGGCUUGAGUAAAGCAGAGUAUGCCGUUGGGUACUAUGCUGAGGUGGGGAUUGGAAUCAAGCAAGACAUCGAGUUCGCCAAGAGGUGGUAUAUGAGAGCAGCAGCGCAAGGGAACAAGCGAGCAAUGAAUCGACUGACGGAGAUGAAACGUAUGGGUAAUAAGCGCUCCAACGUUGGACGCCCGACGCGACAGCAAGCCAAAGACGAAUGUGUUAUCUGCUAA